CAAAUGUUUUUCAAAAGAGAAGCCGCUCAAGUUUUUCUGUUUUUGACAGAAAUCUAUCCAUCUUUCGAACACCAUAAACAACACUCCUCGAAUUGAAUCAUCAAACAAUUUGGUCGAAACUGGAUCUAAAUAUUUUGAAACCCUUGCCAAUGUCAUCUCCACCCCCACCAAACCCCACCACCACAACUACCGCCGUCGCCGCAACCGCAACCGCCGAUUUCUUUAAAUCGGUAGCGCGACAGAGGCCCCGAAAGCACGUACACCCAUCAAUCUACCAAACCUUCUACAAUCCCCAACCCGCCACUUCGGCAGCUUUCCCACCACCAACACAACGUCAACAACCACCACAACAGUCACUUCAAUCGAAUUCAAGAACUCAUCAUCAACAAUCAGCGGCGGGGGGAGUUCUAUAUCCUGUUGCUUCCUCCGGAAGGGGGUUCCUGUCAAAGCAUCAACAACUUACCUCCGACCAGAGUGCGGCAGUGGGAGUGGUAAUCAAUUCUGACGGCUUCCCCCCUGGUCCUGUCUCCGCUUACCCUUAUGCUGUUCAUCGGCCAUAUGGGUUCUCAAAUUCUGAUAUUCCUGGUCAAACUUCGCAUCAAUUGGUUACUCCCUCGUCUGCCCAUCUGCAACAAACCCUCAUGGGUGGCGGCGCUAUAGUUCCCACUUUUGCUGCUGGGGUUUCAGUUUCUGCAAACCCAAAGGUUGUUGCUCAAUCAUCAGCUCCUGAAGAUAAUGGCUUAUAUACUAUAAGGGAUAAGAACGGAGAUGGUAGUUUUGCUAUUAUUAGAGAUAGAAAGGUUCAAGUUGUUGAGGGCACUUCUCUUUAUGCUCAAUGUCGGUCGUGGUUAAAGAAUGGAUUUACUUUGGAAAAUCAGCCACAAUAUGUCGAUUGUGUCAAGUCUCUUCCAAAGCCGUUGCCUGCAUCCAUGGUAGAAGCAACAAAGGAGGACGAUAUGGAGAUGGAGGAGAAAAUGGAAGAUGUUGAGCAUUUAUCUGCUAAGGAGCUGUUGCAACAGCAUGUUAAGCAUGCUAAGAAGGUCCGAGUGAGAUUAAGAAAUCAAAGGCUACAAAGAAUCGAAAGGGCGUGUUUGGUUGCAAAAUCUGAAGGAAUUGGAGUCUUGAAGCUGGUGGCCAAACCAAUGGAAUUGUAUUCCAAGAGAUUAUUUUGA